AUCAUCCUCAUCCAUUCAUCUUAUUCGGUGAAGUUUUAAGUUAGAUUUUGAUGGGUACAAUAGAAUUUGAAAAUUUUUGAAAAUGUGGAAUUCCAAAGGACCAACAACUUCCUUAGACUAGACUAGACACCUCUGACCAUAGUAAACUUAAGAAACCAAAAAUAUAAUUACAAAUUCAACCACAAGAGUAAAUGAGUAAAGUAAUAAAUUCUGAGUGGUCAGGAUGAAUACAGGCCUCUUUGUCUGCAGAAGCAGCAGCUUUAGCCAAAGAUUGACCACCAACAGUUCCCCAGAUCUCCUCUCCUCAUCUCCCCCACACCACACUUCCCAUCCAAUUCCAUGGCUUCUCAUCAAAAAACUCCACACCACCACCACCACCACCACUUCUCACUAUCAGGCCCCGCCGCCGCCGCCGCCGCCGCCGCCGCUCCUCACCCAAAACUGGAUCACCCUCUCCCCAACACAGCCCUACACAACUUGAACUUGUCAAAAGUUGAUUCUCAGCCCCAAAUGGUCGGCCCCAGAACCGUGCAGAAAGUCCGCGUACACCCCCAUGAGAGAUUCAAUGAUUCCGAUGAAAAUUUCGAACGCAUGAUCAACUGUAUCACCGCCAAAGAAAGGCAAAUGAAACAGCUCCUGCAGGAACACCAACAUCUCACCCGCCGCCUCUCCAUUUCCCUGUCUUCAUCGCGCAGCGGCACAAGAAGAUCCAUCGGAGGCUCGCCGAUUCUUCAGCUUGCGGACGUGUUCGCCAACAAUGGGGUCAGAUUGGUUUCCGCCGAUAUGCCGCCGUUUAUGCAGAUCCACGCCGUCGAUUGCGCCAAAAGGGUCCACGACAGUAUGGAGAAGUUCACUUCCAAAUCCCUCGCCUUAACUCUCAAGAAGGAAUUCGAUGGGGUUUACGGGCCGGCGUGGCACUGUAUUGUGGGGAAGAGUUUUGGGUCAUUUGUGACGCAUUCAGUGGGUGGAUUUCUGUAUUUUUCCAUGGCUCAAAAGCUUUACAUUCUGCUCUUCAAAACCACUGUUCAAAGGGCCAAUUAGAAACAUUGAUUAUGUUUAAGCAGAGCAGAAGCACUCUGCUUUUUGUUUCUUCCUCUA